AUGUUGUUAAAUGGUUUUCUACGGGUGUUCGUCAUACUAUGCUUACUCCACUUGUCCGACUCGAAACCGCCGAAGAAUUUGAAUCGAAUGCGAAAUCGGGGAGGUGGAGGAGGGCUUGGGACAAAGAAUAUCGACAUUGGAUCCUUGCAGAACUCAGGGCAAAAGCUCGCCGUUUAUGAGGAAGACAAAGAAAAAGACUCGGAUUCCGCCACUCCAACGACAUCAAUCGAGCUUUUAGAGGAGGAAGAGAAAGAUAAAGAAAAAGACGAUCUUGAAGCACUUCUUGACGACGAUUUUCUCGCUGAACCGUUCGUCCUUUUAGAGGGAGAACCGGAGGUGACAAGUAAAGACAACGAACCGGAAGAGAUUGUUGUGGAAAAGAAAGAAGAGAAAAGAACAGAGAAACCAGAAGAGGUCACCACUAUACAGGUGAUCACUGUGCCGACACCCGUUGUCGAGGAAGUCGCCAAGAUUUCAGACACUGAGAUUAUGAAGGAUUUGCUGACAAGCGGCUAUGAUUGGAGGGUGCGACCACCGGGAACAAAUUCAAGUAUCCUUGGCGGAGGCGCGGUGAUUGUUUUCGUGAACAUGUUGAUUCGAAGUAUCUCAAAGAUCGAUAACGUCAACAUGGAAUACUCAACUCAAUUGACUUUCCGAGAGUCCUGGGUGGACAAGCGGCUGGCAUACGGUGAAAAGGGAAUGGGCGAGACAGUGCCGGAUUUUGUGAUUCUGGCAGCUGGGCAACAAAUCUGGAUGCCGGACUCGUUUUUUCAGAAUGAAAAACAAGCUCACCGACACAUGAUCGACAAGCCAAACGUUUUGAUUCGCGUGCACAAGGAUGGGUUGAUUCUGUAUUCGGUGAGGAUAUCGCUGGUACUCUCUUGUCCGAUGCAUUUACAGUAUUAUCCAAUGGAUAUUCAAACGUGUCUCAUCGAUUUGGCCAGCUACGCCUACACAACAAAUGAUAUCGAGUAUCGAUGGAAAGAGCAACAACCGGUUCAAUUGAAAGACGGCCUUAAUUCCUCACUUCCCAGUUUCGAGUUGAGCAAUGUGAGCACAGCUUUCUGUCACAGUCACACGAACACAGGCACCUACUCGUGCUUGAGAACAAUUAUGAGGUUGAAAAGACAAUUCAGUUACUAUCUCCUUCAACUCUACAUCCCAUCCACUAUGCUCGUGAUCGUCUCGUGGGUGUCGUUCUGGUUGGAUCGAUCAGCCGUCCCAGCGCGAGUGACCCUUGGGGUGACAACUCUGCUCACGAUGACCACCCAGAGCUCGGGUAUCAACAGUAAAUUGCCACCAGUCGCCUAUAUUAAGGCUAUUGAUGUAUGGAUCGGAGCUUGUAUGACUUUCAUUUUCGGUGCUCUUCUCGAGUUUGCCUUUGUCACUUAUUUGGGAAGCCGUUUGGAGGCAAAGAAGCGAUCAAGGUUGGCAAAAACGAAGCAGCCACUUUUGGCGGCUCCUCAACCAACCGAGGUUUGGAUUCCGCGAUCGGUGGCCGAGCUAGGGAAUAAUGAUUUAAGCAAGAAUGGAAACAAUCGAAAGGAUCCACCGGUGAAGAGAAAUCCCCUAUCGAGCUUGUGGAAAGCGACAUUGGGAGAUUGUGACAAUCCGAAGAGAGCCGAUUUGAUAUCAAGAGUGAUUUUCCCGAUUCUUUUCAUCGCUUUCAACGUGCUUUAUUGGUCUCACUAUGGGAAAUAUCAGAGCAACGAUGUCAAA